GUCACUUAAAGAAAACCCUAGAAUUAUGCAAAACUUGGGUACGCUCAGGUUACAUCUGUUUGCUCAGGUUGGGUCUGCUCCUGAUUACUUAUUCCUUCUGCAAACAAUUCUUCGUACAGAUCCACAGGGAGCUGUAAAUUUUGCAUUGAUGAUGUCUCAAAUGGAGGGAGGUUGCCCAGUUGAUUACAACACCAUUACUGAUCUUUUUCUUCAGAGGAACUUGAUACGGGAGGCUACAGCAUUUCUAUUGGAUGUUUUGAAGCCUAAUCUGCCUGAGCAUGCUUUUCUACAAACUAAGGUCUUGGAAAUCAAUCUAGUUACUUUUCCAAAUGUUGCUGAUGCCAUUUUAGCUAAUGGCAUGUUCAGUCAAUAUGACCGUCCUCGCGUUGCACAACUCUGUGAGAAAGCUGGUCUCUAUGUCCGAGCUCUGCAGCAUUACACUGAGUUACCAGAUAUUAAACGUGUCAUUGUGAAUACACAUGCUAUUGAGCCACAGGUAUGUGUUGUCUACUAUAUUUAUCUCUUCGUUUUACAGAUUAUUGGGUUUUGAGGGACGAUAAGGGGGAAGUUAGAAGGAAGAUAUCAGCAGCGUCAGCCAGAGCUCACACCAGAAAAUCUCAUCAAAGCUCUUCUUUCAAGCUUUCUCCAGGUGAGGAAAGAAAAAUUAGGAGACAGAAUUACAGCACUUCACCAGCUUGUUUCACCAUUUGGGAAGGUAUAAAAAACUUUAGAUAUCUGCAAGAAAAGAAAAAAAAAUCAUGUUUUAACUCAGUUAAUUGCAAUCAUUUUGAUGAAUAGAUUAAUUUCGGUUGAUCACUGGAUUUUUUAUAAACAUAUAACAAUCACAGUCUCGCUGGACUUUUAGCAAAAUCCAAAAAUCUCUCUUCCUCCAUGGAAGUUGCUUCGAGGAAUUUAUUGAGCUUCAUUUCCAUGCUACCGACAUGUUUCAUACUCGUAAGCACUUUGAUAUCUCUCCUUUCUCGAUUUAUUUUUUAAAAAAUCUGCUUAAAUUAGCUUAUUGGAAAUAUUGCUGUAUAUUGCUUUGAGUUUUUCAAAAAUCGAAGAGAAAUGUCUUUGAAAAACGGGAAUACGGGUUUUGUUUAACUGUCUCAAUUGCUUCUCGACAAAACCCAGUUUACAACAUUUCUGACGUUAUAAAAUCUUGAUUCCUUACUGAUUCUGCUGAAUUUGUGUUUAUGGUUGUCGAUAUAUGCUGUUUGUUGCUGUAUAUUGCUUUUGAGUUUUACAAAAGUCGAAGAGAAACAUUUUUAAGAAUGGGAAUUCAGGUGUUGUUUAACUGUCCGAAUUUCUUCUCAACAAAACCCCAUUUUAUGACAUAUCCGAAGCUAUGAAAUCUUGAUUCCUUAAUGUUUCUGCUGGAUUUGUGUUUAUGAUUGUUGAUAUAUGUUGUUUGUUGCUAUAUAUUGCUUUUGAGUUUUUCAAGAGUCGAAGAAAAAUGACUUUUAAGAAUGGGAAUCUGUUUGUCGUUUAACCAUCCGAAUUGCUGCUCUGGUCGUAUGAUCGAUGUUGAGAAUAUCUUUUUCUGGUCGUUUAACAUUAUUGUCCUAUUGGAUUAAUUCCAUGUACAUAUAAAUUAUAUAUAUACCCAGGUUAUUAAUUUCAUGUUUUUAUGGUGCAUAUUGACUGAGAAUGGUAGCAUCUAAAGGCUGAAUCAGCAAACAUGUUGAAGACAGUAGAGGAUUUUGAAGUUUCAAGAAAGUAUUGGUCUUUUUAUAAGAUUCAACCCCCCACCAAAAUAUAUAUUGGGGUUAAAAUAUAAGGUAAGUCCAUGUACUCUGAAAAAUUUUGAUCCAUCUUUGUCUCUCACUGUGAUGAACAUUAAAGGCUUUCUGCUAUGCAGCAAUAAGCUCCAGUUGCAGGCUUUUUGACAUAUGUAGAAUUAUCUUGGCACUCACAAAUGCUUUUGCUUGCCAAGGAUGUUUCUGGUCUACUUAGAUGAACAAUGCUUAUUUGUUUUUUUGUUUUCUUUUAACUAUAAAAGAUAAGAAUGGAGUCUUAAUGACAAUUAUUAUCAAUGCUCUUUUACUCAGUUUCUAGCACUGCAAGUGUGAGCUAAGAAGAAAAGCUAUUUUUUUUCUUGUUUGUAAAAUUGCUAAAACGUGUGUGCUUAUGAUAGAAACGUGUGUGCUAAAACUGACUACUGCAAAUAUGACAACCAACUCCUCACACUUUUUAAGUCUUCGCUCUACUUUGCAAGCCUUGUUUCUACAUUUGGAGCCUCCUAUGUUACUAGAAACAAAGGACGUCGAGCCAGCAUCCUUGUUGGUGCAGUCAGCUUCUUCCUAGGAGGAGCUAGCAAUGCAGGUGCGGUGAAUAUCACAAUGUUG